UUGAGUUUUGCUGACGACUUGUAGUUUUUAAUUUAUUUUGUUAAAUAGAUCUAGGUUGUGAAACUGAACCUCAAAUGAAUUCCAUACCCAGAUCCGGGAGAUUUAGAGUGGAGAGGGAAGUCCUGGAUGAGCAGCGACUGGAGGAGCUAACAAAGAGAAAAACACUCUCAGAAAUCCACAAACCCCUGAUUGAUCGUUUAAAAGACUCCUUAAGAUGUACACUGCCAAAGCUAAAGCGAAGUAUGAUGAGCAGCUUUCCUGUGCUUUACUGGCUGCCAAAGUACUCGGUCUGGGAGUAUGGGAUGCCCGACCUGGUCUCAGGGAUCAGUGUCGGGAUAAUGCACCUGCCACAAGGUAUGGCAUAUGCACUAUUGGCUUCUGUACCUCCUGUGUUCGGGCUCUACACAUCUCUCUAUCCAGCUUUAAUUUACUUAUUUUUCGGAACAUCACGUCAUAUUUCUAUUGGCACGUUUACUGUCCUCAGCAUCAUGGUGGGCAGUGUGACAGAGAGACUUGCUCCAGAUGAGAUUUUUCUGACAACAAAUGGAACUAACCUAACUUCAGAAGUAGACAUAGCGGCCCGGGACUCCUACAGGGUGCAGGUGGCAGCCACUACUACAGUCCUUGGAGGACUUAUUCAGGUGCUGUUAGGUGUUAUAAAGUUUGGAUUUGUGGGAACGUAUCUAUCUGAACCUCUGGUGCGGGGUUACACAUCAGCUGCAGCAGCACACGCUCUAGUGGCACAACUCAAGCACUUAUUUGGAGUUUCCCCGAGGCGGUAUAGCGGCCCUUUGUCGCAGGUUUAUACUCUGCUGGACGUUUGCCUUUCGCUGCCAAAAACUCAUCUUCCCACUUUGCUGGUCAGCUCUGCAACGAUCGUGCUUCUGAUUGCAGCGAAGGAGCUCAAUUCGUUCCUGAGCACAAAGCUCCUGGUGCCCCUUCCUGUGGAGCUCAUCACAAUUGUAGCAGCAACUUUAAUAUCAUCCACUGCUCACCUAAACAACAACUACAGUGUUUCAGUUGUUGGAGAGAUCCCGAGUGGUUUAAGUGCUCCCACUGUGCCCAACCUGAGUCUUUUUGGAGAAGUCAUUGGUGACGCUUUUGCUCUGGCCAUUGUUGGAUAUGCUGUAUCUAUUUCACUUGGAAAAACAUUUGCACUGAAGCAUGGAUACAAGGUGGACAGUAACCAGGAGCUGGUGGCACUGGGUCUCAGUAAUGCAGUGGGAGGCUUUUUUCAGUGUUUCUCUGUUUGCUCCUCCAUGUCCCGAAGCCUCAUCCAGGAGACAACUGGAGGAAAAACUCAAAUGGCUGGAGUGGCCUCAGCUCUGAUUGUGCUGGUGACUAUACUAAAACUUGGGAUGUUGUUCCAGGAGCUGCCAAAGGCCGUCCUUGCGUCGAUUGUGAUUGUGAACAUGAAGGGUAUGUUCAAGCAGUAUUCUGAUGUCUAUACACUGUGGAGGAGGAGCAAGAUCGAUCUGGUGGUUUGGUUAGUCACUUGGGUGUCAACUAUGCUGUUGAAUCUGGACCUAGGUCUGGCUGCAUCCAUCGCUUUUGCUCUGUUCACAGUUACCUUCAGGACUCAGAUGCCGACAUACUCUGUUCUGGGAAAUGUUCCAGGUACAGAACUCUACGUGGACAUAGAGACACACAGAGAGGCUAAAGAGGUUCCAGGUGUUACUAUUUUCCGCUCCUCUGCUACAGUUUAUUUCGCCAACGCUGAACUCUACCUGGAGGCCUUGAAAGAGAAGAGUGGGCUUGACAUCAGUAAAAUGAUUAUCUAUAAGAGGAGGCAGGAGGCCAAACACAGGAGGAGAGAAAGGAGAGCUGAAAGACGAGCAAAGAGGGAGGCUAAGCGAGAGAAACGGGCACAAAAAGCAGCUACACAGCAUGCUGAACCUCCAGAGUUCUCAGUGGAGGAGGAGGCUGGCGACUGGAGGGACACCCAUAUAGACAUGGCAGCUGCAGAGAAGGAGGAACACAGCUGGACUGAGAGGGAGAACGGGACAGUCUUUGUGAUCCCAGCCACUCCCCGGAUGCCUGAUGGUUGCUCCAGGUGGGAGUAUCUGAAAGGAGGAGAUCCUGACACCACCAGUUUGGGAUGGAUGUCGGAGCUGCAGGAUGGGGACACCAUCACUCUGGGCUCCAGCAGCGAGGACACUCUGAGUCGGGAUCUAGAGCAGGUGUCUCUUGGAUCUCUGGGCAAGUGGACCUGGGACAUUCACUCUAUUAUCCUUGACCUGUCUACAGCUAACUUCAUUGACACAGUGGGCAUACAGACACUGAAAAAUAUCUUCCGGGAUUUCAGUGAGAUUGAUGUGGAUAUCUACAUUUGUGGCUGUCAAGCCUGUGUUGUAGAACAACUAGUGCUUGGUGACUUCUUCUCUGAAACGAUAAGAAAACAACAUCUUUUUGUGUCUGUUCAUGAUGCUGUGCUCCACUGCUUCAGCCAUCGUGGAGCAGCAUUACUUCCCAGAUACGACCCAACACAGGCCCUGCAAAGCGGCACUAAAUUUUAACGGCACCAACAUAUCAGACGAGUCUUUAAGAAAAGAUGGAUGUGAAGGAAACAUCACAGACUCUGAAUCUUGAAGGUGAAAGGACAGAAGCACAGAGUGAAGUUUAAACACCUACAGUUUCAGGAAUCAAUUAUAAAGAAAAACAUACAGUCCAGUUCAAAAUUCCUAGGUCAUCAUUUUUUUAUUUAUAUUUUGCUUCCGACCAGCCAGAUAUUUGUAAUCGUUUAAACUUCUUGGCUCUCUAGGCCUUCGGAUGGAUUCUUUAGAUUAUGUAACUCAUUUUCUGUUUAGUACCAGACUAUGGAUGCUGGCUUCUUGGAUGUAUGGUAAAAAGAAAGUACAGAAACAGUUUAAAACUUUUGCACCUCACUGUAACUUUUCCUAUGUUUUCUUUUUUCAUUUUAUUGUCAUGUUAAAGUGUUAUUUAAGCAUGUUUAAAGUUUAGUGAGAAACGAAGGAUGCAAAAGACAGUUGAGCUUCAUUACACUUUAUUUGGUGCUGGAACAGUGAAAGAGUGCAUUUUAAGUAAUUAUUCAAUAAAUAAAUCAAAUGAA